AUUUUUUUUUUUUUAAUAUGGCUGUAAACGUUUCCCUUGUUCGUGAUACAAAAUGGCUGACGUUAGAAGUGUGUCGAGAGUUUCAGAGAGGUACUUGUUCUCGAUCUGAUGCAGAGUGCAAGUUCGCCCAUCCGUCACGGAGUUGCCAUGUGGAAAAUGGUCGCGUUAUUGCCUGCUUUGACUCCCUAAAGGGCCGGUGUACCCGAGAGAACUGCAAAUAUCUCCACCCUCCCCCACACUUAAAAACACAACUUGAAAUAAAUGGACGCAACAACCUGAUCCAGCAGAAGACAGCCGCAGCCAUGUUUGCUCAGCAAAUGCAGUUCAUGCUACCAGGCGCGCAACUACAGCCAAUUACAACAUUUCCUGUGACUCCAUCGCUUGCAACAAGCCCCACGAUGGCUUUUAGUCCCUACCUGAGUCAUGUUUCUCCUGGGAUGGGCUUGGUUCCUGCAGAGCUUUUACCAAAUACUCCUGUCCUGGUUUCCGGAAAUCCUACUGUUACAGUACCAGGAGGCUCUGCUGGGCAGAAACUGAUGCGUACAGAUAAACUGGAGGUUUGUCGAGAGUUUCAGCGUGGAAAUUGCACACGUGGUGAGAAUGAUUGCCGCUAUGCUCACCCUAUAGAUAUUGCAAUGAUAGACACAAAUGAAAAUACUGUUACAGUUUGCAUGGAUUACAUCAAAGGUCGAUGCUCUAGGGAGAAAUGCAAGUACUUUCAUCCCCCUGCACACCUGCAAGCCAAAAUCAAGGCAGCUCAACACCAGGUGAACCAGACAGCUGCAGCUGCAAUGGCCCUGCCGCCUGGUGCACUUCAACCUUUACCAAAGAGGCCAGCACUUGAAAAAAACAAUGGUGCCACCACAGUCUUUAACCCAAGCGUUUUCCACUACCAACAGGCUCUAGCCAACAUGCAGUUGCAACAGCCUACAUUCAUCCCUACAGGGUCAGUUCUGUGCAUGACACCCACUGCAAGCGUUG